AUGGAACGCGAUCCCGACCCCCAACUUGUGACCCGGUUGGGAAAACACGCAGACUAUUUAGAGUUUCCACGCAGCACAGACCACUUUAUAGGGCAUUGGGUCGCUCUCGUGAACAAGUCGACCCAGAUGGCGGCACACAUGUGGAUGGCAUUGCGUAAUGGGUGGCGUUGCUGUGGGUUUUUCCAAAAAGAGAACAAGAACAUGUCAGGCCGCUUUUUCAAGGGCAGAGCACUCUGCGACGCAGCUGCCACGCACCGGUGGCCAUUAAGGAAGGUAAGCAAACGUUGCCUCUUCAACAGGUAG